AUGGGCAUGCUAGGGACAGUCCAAACAGGACAUGACAUUCCGAUGGGAGGUGUGAGAGGGAGUGGGCACAAGGUGGAAGUAGAAUCUUCUGUCGACCACCCUUAUUUUGUCUAUGGGCAAGGAUGGGCUUCAUGUAGACCGGAACAGACGAUGGUCACUUAUGGUCUUAAAUGUCAUCUUCUUCAGGUAGGAGAUGUAUGCAUAUCACUAUCUCCACGCCCUCCAGGUAGUGACAGAAAGAGAAGAUGGUCUGCACCAGACCAACUUCCUGACCCAGAACAACCAGCAGAUCUCCAUAAACCAAGAACCCAAGCCGCAUCACCCUAGCAGCUCUGUUAAUUAAGAAAGCAUGAUUGUUACAUCUGAUAUACAUUUAUUUACCUCAAUUUUAAAAGACUCCAUUCAAUAAAUAUAUUUAAAUAUUUAUUGUAAUUUUGUACACACAUAAAUUAAUUAUUUACAUUUGUAUAUUCUACUACAAUUCUAAGAUCACAGUUUAAUAAAACUUUUUAUGUAUCGAAACUGUAAGGUGCUGUUUCGAAACAGCUAAAAUCAUUAAAUGUGAUAUAAAAGCUAUCAGUUACAACUACCUCUUCAUGAAUCCUGAUUUAAAAGUUUUGUAUAUAAUUAUAUUAUUGAACCAUUCCAAUUGGUUAUUGUCCUCUCCAAAUUAAAAAUAUAUUUAAAGUUUAUGUAUGCAUUUAUAAUAAAACUGUUUAAAUCAUUGUUAGCUUAGAAUAGAUGUAACAUUUUGCUUUUUACAUUGGGUAUUUAUUACCACACAGAGAAUUAGGACUUGAAACAUCAGAAAUGUUUCAAGCUAAUGUAAAGUUGUAAUCUAGAUUUCUGUAACCAUAUUCAUAUAUGAAAUUAAAAGUUGUUGAUUGUCUUGUCAUAUAAGCUCAAAUGGUGUGCUAUUGUUUAGUGUUAAGUGUUUCAGCCAUGUUUAUUUUAAGAUUUAUACAAAAGUAAAUAUCUUAUUUUGUUCUUUAAUUGAAUUGACUCACUGUGUAAAUACACAAUUAUUUCUAUUGUCGACACCGACAAAUGCAUCUCUCCACUCAGCUUUCUUAAAUUACAAAUUAUUAAUUUGUUCUCAUAUUGUUUGAAAAUCUCAAAUUUGCAAUGUCAAUCUGUAAAAAUAUACUAUAAUUUAUAAAUAAAUGAAAAAUCGAUUCUUUUUUUGAAAAGAAAAGAUUUUCAGUUAUCAAAUAUUUCAAGAAAGUUGAACAAUAGUUUCAGAUUUGUUCAGUGAUGAAUAGUUUAUUAAAACAAAAAUUAGAUAAAUGAUCUCAUAAAAUCAAUUAUGUGAGAAAAAAUAAUUGCCAUAAUAUACCAAAUAGAAAAAAUGGAAAAAAUUAGUGGAUGGUUAGAAUGAAAUGAUACCCCUUGAUUAACAACUCGUAAUUAUGAAUGUAUUCGCAAAGUGGACAAGUACUUCCACUUUAAUACUAGAUUGUGAGGAGUGUUUGAUAUUUAUGUUUAAAAUUUUAUACAUAAAAUUUUAUUGACUGUUUUUUAAGAGAUCUCUUUUAGUGAAGUUGACUGGUGUGUUGUCUUUUUUAAUUUUUUUUUUGUACUGUAUUUUUCAUACACUGGGAAAAUUGUGUUAAAAUUAAUAUUUGUCUAAUAUAACAUUAACAUAAUAAUUAAUAAAAAAAAAAUGUUUAUUUUAUCAUGUAAUAAACAGAACAAUCAUUAGUGGAAAAUAGUUGUGAUAAAAAUUAUCAAGAUUUUUUUUGGUGGGAAGGAGGGAGGAGAAGAUGAAAUAUUUAAAUACCUCCCGAAAUCAGUGAUAAAUCUUUUUAAAAAUAUAUUCUAUUAUGCGCUCUUAUAUUUAGCAAAGUCAUAGUUUUGUUGAUAUGUAAAUAAAGGACAUUCCUUAGCUUGCAGGAAUUAUUCAAUUUAUUUUAAAAUAUGUGUUGAAUCCUUCUAUUCUGACAGUGUUUAAUGGAUAUUGCAAAAUUAAAAUCAUUAGUUACAAUGUAGUAUUCAAUAUUAACUAUUGAUUCUAGAAAUUGUGAAAUUCUUGAGAGAAAAAGUAAUAAUAAACUGCUAUAUGAAUAUAAUGAGAUUUUAAUUUAAUAGCACAGAAAACACCAAUUUGAAAUGAGUAUUUUACUAGAUUUUCUAUAAAACUGUCAGUUUUAGAACAAAAAAAUCCUCUUUUAAAGUUGUUGUUCAAAUAAUCUAAGAAGGAAAAAACUAUUUGAUUCCACCAAACAUUUUGGAAUGUCCUACCUACAUUACUAUUUGCCUCGAUAGGUUAAUGUUAAUUUUAGUUUCUAUUUUAUUUAAUUAUUUUACAUGUUAAAGUUUCAAAAACUGUGAAUGAAAAAAAAAAUCAUUAGUUAAUCUUAGUUACUGCUAAGAUUCACAUUGUAAAAAUUGUAAAUAAAUGUUGAAUGAUAUACUCCUAAAAGAUAGCUGAAAAUUUAUCUUCAUAAAUAUGUUUUAAUUUUAAUGUAUCUAUUUCUAUUUUAUAAUAUUAUUUUGUAAUGACUUUUGUACAUUUCGAAGACCUAUUUACAAUUUCUCUCAUUGUUUUAAUGGAACACUUCUGUCUUUCAUACUACUUUGUUCGAGUGGUUAUUAUCUUUUUCAUGUAUUUUAUUAAUAUUUUUUGGGUAUUUGUGCAAUCUAUUAAAGAGUUUGUAUUAUUCCUUUUACUAAGAUAUAUAUUUAUCUUUGUAUUUAUAUUUUAUAAUGAGAUGUGCCUAUGCUAAUGGAGUUAUGACUUAUUUCAAAAGAAUGAAUGUUAAGAUUAAGUGUUAGAUUUAUAUUCCGAAGAUGUCUUCAAAAUGAAUCAUGAUAUGAAAUAAACAUAAUUUCAUUUGUAUAGAAUGAAAUUAAAAUGAUAUAUUAUUGUAAUAGAGCAUAUUUUUAUGGCCAAUGUUAAUGUAAAUAUUUAUAUAAGAAUCUUUUUACUAAAUUAAAACCUAAUCUCUUCUCUAAUGUAUUAUAUGUAUGUAAUUUCACAAAAUUCUUGGUAAUGAUGAUGAAAUGAGUGAUUAAUGAAAUUAAAACAUUAACUAAUUAGUUUAAAUAUUAUGCUCAUUAUUUUAUAGCACUUACACUGUUGUCCUUAAUAAAUUACUGAAAAUUCUCUGAUAAAAAUAUUGAAGUAAUAAUUAAGUUUAUAUGAACAUUGUAGGUAUCCAUCAUUAAUGACAGUGCUUAAUAAUUUUACGUUUUUGUUGUGAUAGAGAACUCUCUUGGUACUUUUAAUACUUAUUCUGAAUAUUUUAAAAAUAACAUGAUUCAAAAAAGUCCAGGGAACAAUAUUGUUAUAACAUUAAUAUAAUUACAUGUCAUAGGAUCUUUAUUUUUUAAAAUACUUGUUUACAAAUUAUACAUUUUAUUAUUUCUUUUUUUUUUAAGCUUACUAAAUAAAAUUAUUUCAGUAGAAAUGACUAAAAUAAAUGCAAUUAAAGGAUAUGAAAUCUUGAAAUCUCUGUCACCAAGAAGGUUCAAGAUCAUGACAAUCCCAAUGUAAAUUAAAAUGUAUUAAAAAAUAUUUUGCCAUGAUACCUUUUAUGAUGUAUAGUGUAUAUCUUGCUUUCCCUUCAGUGCAGGAAAAUAUAGAUUAUAUUGAAUUGUGCCAGGAUUGGUCACCAUUCUUAUUUAUUAAUUAAAAUAUUUCUAAAUAUUACAUUUUGGAAGUAAGAGUGUGUUAAUACACACCAACAAUAUUAUAUAUAUAUAUAUAUAUAUAUAUAUAUAUAUAUAUAUAUAUAUAUAUAUAUAUAUAGAGAGAGAGAGAGAGAGAGAGAGAGAGAGAGAGAGAGAUUAUUAAAUACUUAGCAUUUUCUUUAUUGGUUAUGGUCUCUCUUGAUUCAAGCUGGCUGUGAUUUCACUGCAUAAUCGUUGUUAAUUCUUUAACACAUUUUAGCUGUCUUAAAAAAAUAUGAAAAGUGAAACAAAUAUUAAAUAUUUAACUAAUAAUAUAAUAUCUAAAACAUAAAUAAAUACUGUUUGAAAAUUGAAGAAGAUUAGCUUUAAUAUUUUAAAACCAUAACCGAUGUCUCAAUCCUGGUACAAUUUUUUAUUGUUACAAAUAAGUGCCUUCUUAUUCUUUUAAUGGAAAAUAGACUGAGGGUAGGGUGCCAUAUUUGUGUGCUAUUGCCCUAUGUUAUGAAGGAUUGUAUGUAUAAAAUUAAAUAAAUAAAGACAUUGUGUUU